AUGGAUAAUGAUGAUACAUCUUCCAGUUACGAUCAAUAUCGUGCUGAUAUGCAAUCAAUAAUAGAUUCUUAUGUUAAAUCUAUUGAUAGUAUUUCUCCAAUUAAACCACACGAAUCUUGUACAUAUGCAUUACAUGAAAAUGAAGGAAAUAGACAUAAUCAAAAAGAUUAUCGUACCACAUCUUUACAAAAUCGAAAAUAUGCAUCAUCAUCGAGUACAUUGGAUCGUGAUCCAGCAAGAUCAGAUCAUUUAACAGAUGAAGUACGACGGUUAUUAAUACAAGAUGGACCAUAUCAACCACGUGAUGAUGAAGAUCAUUUUCAAACAAGUGUGAAAUCAACGCAAACUGGAAAAGGAAUAGUACGCUUUCGUGUAAAAUGGUUUGAUGAUAUUCGAUUUUCAGAUUGGUUAGAGUAUUCAUUAACAACUUGUCGAGCUUACUGCUUCUAUUGUCGAUUAUUUGCUGAUUCAAAUCGAAAUCGAGCUUUUUCACGUGAUGGUAUCAAAAACUGGCGUAAAUGUUUGGGUUCACGUGGUCAAAAGAAAAAACGUUCCAUAGUUACAUCUGAUGAUAAUAAUCUUGGAUGUCAACGACGUGGUUUAUUAGAAUCACAUGCAAUGUCAGAAUCCCAUAAACAAGCAUAUAACAAAUAUCUUCAAUUUCUUGAUCAAAGACAUACUGAAACACAAAGAAAUGAUGAUAGACAACAAAACGGUGAUAUAAUUAUUCUGCAUGAUGUCAAACAAGAGAAUAAUAUGUGA